AUUCGGUCUUUUCUACUUUCCGACAUUUCCAUGGUUGUCGCUGCUGUGUAGAGUAAUAUAAAUACGAAAUACUUCCUACGGUGUUUUUACUUUAUUUUACGAGAUAUUGUUAGGAAAUUAAUAAUAAAAAAUGUCCUCCGUACUUGCACCAGAAAUCCCAACACCGGGUUUUAGUUUCGAUUUGUGUGAAAGAAAUGCUAUGUUAGAGAGGAAAGGAUUUUCAGCUCCGAAAGCGCAAAAAACGGGGACGACGAUCGUUGGAAUAAUUUACAAAGAUGGUGUUAUUCUUGGUGCUGACACAAGAGCUACGGAAGGCAACAUCGUUGCCGAUAAAAAGAGCGAGAAAAUUCAUUAUCUAGCGAAAAAUAUGUAUUGCUGCGGAGCUGGCACAGCUGCGGAUACUUGCAUGACCAAUAGCAUGAUUUCCAGUCAGUUGGAAUUGCAUCGUCUUAAUACCAAUCGUAUUGUUCCUGUCGUUACCGCCUGUACUAUGUUAAAGCAAUUGCUUUUUCGUCAUCAAGGUCACAUUAGCGCUGCUCUCAUUGUAGGAGGAGUCGAUAAUUUAGGUCCUCAUAUAUACGUCAUUUAUCCACAUGGGUCUACCGAUCAUUUACCGUAUGCGACAAUGGGAUCUGGUUCAUUGGCAGCUAUGUCAGUUUUUGAAAGUAGAUGGAAACCAGAUAUGAGCGAGGAGGAAGGAAAAGCUUUAGUCAGUGAUGCAAUUCGUGCUGGUAUAUUUAACGAUCUUGGUUCUGGAAAUAGCGUUGAUUUAUGUAUUAUUCGGAAAGGAUCGUUGGAUUAUCUAUGCCCGUACGAGUUAUCGUGUGUCAAGGGUGAAAAACAAGGUAGCUAUCGUUAUAAGAAAGGCACUACUGCUGUCCUUACGAAGACUGUCAGACCAAUUAUCGUUGAAGAAGAAUGUGUGCGUAGAGUCGAAACAGAAUGUAUGGAUACGUCAUCAUGAAAAAAUUUUCUGUGUUAAAAAUUAAAAAUUUGUAAGUUAAUUGAUCAAUAAAAUUACGC